ACCGUUUGAUAUAUCAAAUUAUCACACAGCCACCCACCCAUCAUUCGUCCCCACUCAAAUAGUCUCACUCCAUCAUUCCCAAUUCCAAUUCCAAUUUCAAUUUCAAUUUCAAUUCUCUCUCUCUCUCUCUCUCAAAUGAAACUUUAUAAACCACACCAUCAUCUAAUCAUCUAACUCUCUCUUUCUCUUUCUCUUAUCCCUCGCUCUAUCUUCUACAUCAUUCAUUCAUCCUCUCCCUUAAGGGAACACAAGAGAACAAAGAAGAAGAUUUUGAAGCACCUUAAAUGGGUCUUCAUCAUGAUUCUACUCAUAAUAAUAACAACUCAGGCCUUCAUCUUGUUCUAGGGUUGGCUCUGAGUUCCUCCUCUGAUUCACCAACACAAGAAACCAUAACUACCUCUACUAAGAUCCCGCCGUACUCCUCUUCCUCCACCGUAACAACCGAUGAUGCUGAAUUGCUAUUACCGUCUCUUACUUUAGCUCUCUCCGGUCACGAUGUGAACAAAAAUAAAAACGAUGAUCCGCAAGAGCACCAUAGGGUCCAGGUAGUCCCUACCAAGGCUAACAACAAUAAGGUCUACAGUAGUGAGGACUACCCUUCUACUGGUGACGUGUCGGCACAGAAUUCGCCUCACCACAGCGCCGUUUCGUCUUUCUCCAGCGGCUGCAGAAGAGGAGUCAAGAGAGAGAGGGAUGUUAGCGCUAGCGACGAAGCCGAGGCGGAGGCGGAGGCCACGGAAAUUGAGAGGCUUUCGUCGCGAAUCAGCGACGAAGAGGAAGAAGCAGAAGCAAGCUUUAGCGAUGCAAUUGAAUCUACGGCCUCGACAAGUUGAAGUGUGGUUCCAGAACCGGAGAGCCAGAACAAAGCUGAAGCAGACGGAGGUAGAUUGCGAGUUCCUAAAGAAGUGUUGUGAGACACUAACAGAUGAGAAUAGAAGGCUACAGAAAGAGCUUCAAGAGCUUAAGGCACUCAAACUGUCUCAGCCUUUGUACAUGCCUCCCAUGCCCGCCGCGACACUCACCAUCUGCCCUUCUUGCGACCGGGCCGUUGCCAUUGGCAGCGGUGGCAGCGCUUCCAAUAACAUCAAGAAUACUCCUUUGAUCUCCUUGGCCCCCAAGCCUCACCACUUCUUUAGUCCCUUCACCAAUCCUUCCGCAGCAUGUUGAUUUUUAUUAGAUAGUUCAAUCAAAUAUAUUUAAUUAAACAUGCUAAAUCAUUUAACCAUCUCUCUACAUGAAAUGAAGAUGUCUUCGUGAAAAUAGUCUCUUUUUAUUAUUAUUUAGGCUUUUCCUUCCCUUUUUUCAAGGAUAUGUAAAACAAAACAAAAUUAGACAGGAGUAUUCCCUCAUUACCAUUGUAUUUGUUUGGUUGAGGGAUAUACGUCUUUAUUAUUAUGGACUAUCUGUAGCUAGUGAAAAGGAUUAAUGGUAUAAUUAGUAUAAGUAAUAUAUAUAUACUGUAGAAAUUUUAGCAGUAACUACUGAUAAAAAAUUACUAAAUUACUGUUAGUUUUUCUUUUGGAUUUCUUUUAUUAUUAUAUGUUUAUAGAAGACAUAUCAAUCUAGGAAAGAAUUAUCUGAAUUUGUUUUUGUUAUUCAAUCUUGUAACUAUACCAUGUUAUUAUUAUGGCAUAUAUGUAUCUAUGUCCACGGAAUUUUGUGUAUCAA